AAGACAAAGUAUUCGGCAACACGCCGGCUGCUCCUAAAGACCAAACUGCUGAAAAAGGCAGGGAUAAUGCUGGUGGCUGAGUUUGCGGAUAAGAAACGUGAAAGAGAGAGUGCUCUGAAUGAGAGAGCCCCACCCCUCAAACUGUCUGGCCUGUCUGUGCAGGAGCUACAGGACCUUUGUAAAGACCUACACAAAAAGAUUGAUAUCGUAGAUGAGGCACGAUAUGACAUGGAAAUCAAAGUGGGGAAAAAUGAUUUAGAGAUUAAGUCGCUGACCCAGAAGGUCGAUGAGAUUAAGGGGUCGAAGAAGCCUACUCUGAAGAGGGUGAAAAAGUCUGCCGCCGACGCCUUGUCGGGAGCCGUGGCCGACACUGGCAAAAUGAAGGCUGACUUCACAUCCGGCCUCAAGAAAGUCAAGAAGGAAGAGGAGAAGAAAGAAGAGGUGACUGACUGGCGUAAGAAUGUGGAUGCCAUGUCUGGCAUGGAGGGCAGAAAGAAGCUGUUUGAUGCUGGAAAAUAAGCAGGGUUGUACCACCAUUAAGAGAGAAGUAUGCCAAGACUGUAAGAACCCACAAAGAAGAGAGAGAGGAGGUCAGGUCUAGAUGAGAUGUGAAUUUCAUGUUGUGAUAUGAAAUGAAUUUUAUAAAGAAUCAUGUCAACCAUGUCAAUUUUACGUGUGUGUCCCCUGUUUAAUGUGAUAUGAGAGUUUGCUAGUUCACAGGGAAUAUUGUUGAUAUUAUAUAUUGUAGAUAUGUUAUAGAUAGUUGUGUUAUAAAUUGUGUUGAUAGAAUCAGUUAUUUAUGAUGUAUUGGUAGUAUCCCUUAUGUAAAAACCACAUGAUUUCAAGUGGAAAAUCACAUGAUUUCACAUGUGAAAUUUCCACGUUUUGCAGAUGUAAAAGUGGUAUAAACUAUGUGGUUUUCGAACACUUCACAUAUGAGGAUAUUUCACAUUACAUUUCACAUGGAUUUUCACGUGAUCACAUUGUCUUUCACAUGUGAACCAAUGUGGUUUUGGAACACAUGAAGUUUCACAUGUGGAUUCAAAUGUUCACGUGUGUAUAUUUUUCACGUGAGAUUUCACAGGUGAUGAUGCCCUGCAUACAAUAAUUUGUCACAAAAUAGUUGCAGUGUUUUCAACUUACAUAUUUGACACACAUGAUUAUAUUGUGCAUGUUUAUUUCAGUGGAGGGGAGGACAGCUCAUAAUAAUGGCUAGAACCAUGGAAACCAUGUGUUUGAUGUUGAUACCUUUCCACCUAUUCUGCUCCAGCCAUUAACACGUGCCCAUCCUCCCCAAGUAUGGUGCCACCCCAACCUCCUGUAUGUUUAUUUAUACAGUCAUUAUUAUUCAACAUGUCCUCACCUUCCUGCCAUGCCACCAUGUCUGUGUCAAUGACUGAUUUCACCUGUAUUCCUACACGUUGGACUUUAAGUUCAUCUUAGCUUUGUAUAAUACACUCAAGAAAAUCUAUUAUAUUUAUCAUAGUGAUUCACCAACAUCAGACAACUAUACAGAAAACCCUCAAGUUGCUGAAAUAAGUCAACUAAAUCAAUGAGAGAAUGGUCAGAUUAAAUGAUAACUAAAAUCUUCGUUAUGCAGAGAUGCAUUACAGGUAAUGAAUUGUGUAGGGGGUUUCUGAGAAUGGUACAAACUUUGUGGUGCAGCAGAAAAAUCAGCGUAGCCCAAUUCCCAGUUGGGGUCAUAUUGAAAAGUCUACUAAGUGAUCAUGUAAAAUGUCAUUAUUUUUCUAUUGAUGAAAGAUUUGUGCACUAUUUCAGCUGAGCAGCGUACCAUUUACCUUAACCCCCCCCCCCUAACAUUUCAUUACUUCCCUAACAAACAAAAAUGUGAAAGGUGAAGUUUCACAUGUGAAACCAUGUAUAUUACAUUUAGAGUUCAUAAUUUAACACCAACUUUUCACACGUGAGGAGAAUAACAUUUUGUGAAAUUUGCAGUUCCACAUAUGAAAAACUUUCACAUGUGAAAAUUAAAUUCAGCAUUUUUAACGUGAAAAACUUUCACAUGUGGAAUUGCAUUUUCAAUGUGAAAAUCGAAUUUGUCACGGUCUUCAUCGUAAAUAAAAUAAAAGCGUAUACAGUAUGACAAGAGUCAAAGAACUUCUGGGCCAGUUACCAAAAGGUUGCUAGAUCGAAUCCCCGAGCUGACAAGGUAAAAAUCUGUCGUUCUGCCCCUGAGCAAGGCAGUUAACCCACUGUUCCUAGGCCGUCAUUGUAAAUAAUAAUGUGUUCUUAACUGACUUGCCUAGUUGAAUAAAGAUAAUAUAAAAAAAUCUGAAUUACUUUUUCAAGGUUAGCACCAAUGGGCCUGAGGCCGAUAUCAAUAUGGGGAACUCUCAGAGUAACCAAUGAUGGAAUGUUAGAAACUGACCUACGUAGGCUUUGGUUGCUAUUAUGCAACAGCCCAAGCCCUCUGCGUGAUUUGAAAACCGAAGCAGUAUUCAGGGUGCAGGGUGGGAGGUAGCAGAUAGUUAAUUCCUGCCUCAUGUCCCCCUCAUCAUAUAGCUUAGUUGAUUGGAGUUCUCAUGAGACAAAAAGGCACACACACGGCAGUCUGCUCUUAUAUCUUAGAGGCAAGCUGCAUUGCAUUAAACCUCUAUCUUACUUUACAUGAGUCUUUCCCAUCCCUGGUCCUCCAGUACCCCCAACAGUACACAUGUUUAUUGGGACCCUGGACAAGCACCGCUGAUUCAACUGAUCCUCAAUGAGUUCAAUGAGUGCUUGUCCAGGGUCACAACAACAAUGUGUUCUGUUGGGGGUACUGAUGGACCUGCAUAUGUGGAAUUGCAAGUUCACAUGUAAGACACAUUCACAUGUGAAAAUUGAAUUUGCAGUUUUACAUGUGAAAAACAUUCAAAUGUUAUCACAGGUGUAGUGUCAUGGCAUCACAUGUUGAAAUUUGCAUCCUCAUGUUGUCACAUUUAUUUCACUUGAGAUCAUGUUUUCACAUGUCAAAUUCAUGUGUUUUUCCGUAAGGGAUUGUAGUUCUGUAGGUGGAUGGAUAACUGUCAAUAUCAUCUGAAUAGAUAUGUCAGGUCAGAGCCAGGAAUGUGAUGAUAUUAACUGUACAGUAUCUAAAAAGUUGUAUAUUUUCAGUUAAUUUAGCACAAUAAAAAAAUAUGAUCGCUAUUGAGAGAGUGAAGCCAGGUUAUUUUGAUGUACAGACUUGCUGUAGCCUACACAAAUUUGACUGAAUGUGCAGAAUUGGUUAUACACACUGCUACAUUUGACUGAAUGUACAGAAUUGGUUAUACACACUGCUACAUUUGACUGAAUGUACAGAAUUGGUUAUACACACUGCUACAUUUGACUGAAUGUACAGAAUUGGUGUACACACUGCUACAUUUGACUGAAUGUACAGAAUUGGUUAUACACACUGCUACAUUUGACUGAAUGUACAGAAUUGGUUAUACACACAUGCUACAUUUGAUUGAAUGGUGUAGAAGUGAUUUAUUUAUUUGAUAUGAAUGUAAAUGCCACUCCACUAUUUAAUAAAUAGAGCUUGAUAGUU